UUUUUCGAUGAACGCCACUGUGUGGAAGGUCCACUUAAGGGGAAGUACUAUAAGGUUUUCUUCAUUCAGAUGACUCGAACUCGUGAUCUUUGGUGAUCUCAAGUAAUGGAGACUCAUCUCAUUCAUUCCACCUCACUCUCUCAACUGCAAUAUAUACAUAUGAGAGUUCUCUGUUUGCUUAUAGUUUUCGAAAUUUUUUAUUUUGGAAUAUCAUCAGAGAAUAUCUGUUGAAACCUCAUUAGUUUUCCUGUUUUGAUAGGAUUGGUUAUUAUGGAAGUUAGUGUCAUUCCUUUAUUUCCUUCCUUUUUUGUGUGUGCAAGUAUUAAAAGUAAUACGGUAAUAAUGGUAACUGGCCUGCUAUAAUAUGUUAAACUACUACAGUUUUUUUUUAUUUGCAUUGCUAGUUUGUAUGACUUAAAUUCUUUAUACAUAAGAGGAAAAGAUAAGAAGAAAAUUGAUGUACACUCCAUUUUUUUUGGAUGCUAUAGUGAAGUGUUGUUAUAGAGGACAUAUAUUAUAAUAUAACAUAAAAGAUCGGUUCCGAGAAAAAAUUGACUUUUAUAAUAAACGGUUGUUACAUAAAAAUAUUUUUAUAAAGAGGUCUGACUGUACAAGCUUAUUAUGAUUUUGCUUUGAGAUAUCAAUACUUCUUCAAUUGCCUUCCAAUCUUGCUAGUGACAAAAUGUUUGGUUUAUGCAUAUUGCAGGGAACCUUUUUGCAUUUAUUUUAUUUGUGUCACCAAUACCAACAUUCAAAAGGAUCGUCGGAAGCAAGUCAACAGAACAGUUUUCUGGGCUACCUUAUAUUUACGCGCUCUUGAAUUGCUUCAUAUGUCUCUGGUAUGGAACACCAAUUGUAUCUCCUGGUAUUAUAUUGGUUUUCACAGUCAAUUCUGUUGGAGCAGUAUUCCAGUUCGUUUAUAUAAUUAUCUUCAUCAUAUUUGCAGAGAGGGAAAAAAAGUUGAAGAUGUUGGGGUUGUUGCUCGGUGUUUUUGCUGUAUUUGCUGCUGUAGUUUCCAUCAGCAUCUGUCUAUUUGAACCUCCGAGCCGACAAACUUUUGUUGGAUAUUUAUCUGUCAUUUCUCUCAUUUCCAUGUUUGCUUCUCCACUAUUCAUUAUUAAUUUGGUGAUCAGGACAAAGAGUGUUGAGUACAUGCCAUUUUACCUCUCUCUUGCAACUUUUCUUAUGAGCCUUUCUUUCUUUGCUUAUGGAAUGUUUAAGCAAGAUCCAUUUAUCUCUGUCCCAAAUGGAAUAGGAGGAAUUCUUGGGGUCAUACAGUUGGUCUUGUACUGGAGGUAUAGCAGACCCCAUGAGGAGCCAACAAGGCCUCUCCUAGAGUCCUAUGCAUGAUAAAAUACACCGGAAAGUGGUAAAUACUUACUCGCAUUCGGUGUUUAUGCGAAACUUAUAUAGAAGACACAUGUCUUACAUUCAUAGGUUUGGUAUAAACACCACGCUUGGCUAAUUUUUUCGCGUCGAGAAGCCAUCCAAAAAUUGCUUCUUUUAUAUUCUCAUUCUUUUCUUGUGUAACAAUCAUAAGUUGAUGUCCCAUUUGCGAUUUGUAUACCAAAGUGGUGUGAUUUGUUAUGUGCUCAACUUUUUUAUUGAGUGCAGCUAUUGUUUGACGAAAAAAUUCCAAGUUCUGAGCAAAUUUAAAGGAACACUUAGCAUGAACCGACAAAUUAGAGAGAAUCAUGUCGAAGUAACUUGGCAAAAUGCAAUUCUUCAAUAUGGGACCUCGCAAAAAGAACGUGUCUUUUAAUCUAAUUUUAUCUCUUAUUCAUGAAGAAAGCAAGUGUUGUACUCAUUACAACAGCAGCAACUCGGUGCACAA